AUGAGCACCGCCUUCAGCAUGCUCCUGGUGCUAGCGUUGCUGGCUGUGACGCUGCUGUCUGCACCUGCCACAGCCAUGGGCGUGGUCGCCUUUGACUACGGAACAGAAUGGAUGAAAGUUUCCCUCGUCAAGCCCGGUCUGCCAUUCGACGUCGUGCUGGAUCGCGACUCGAAGCGCAAGAUCCAGUCCGCCGUCGCCUUCAAGAAGUGGGGUCUCGAGGAAGAGAUCCUGUUCGGCACCAAUGCCUACAACCACGCUACAAGAGAGCCAAAACAGUCGUUCUACGGUCUCAAGGCCCUCCUCGGCCGCACAACAAGCGAUGAGGACAAGCCAUACGUUGAUCUGUACACGUCGAUCUUUGGCAACGACGUCGUCAGCUCCGAACGCACCACCUGUGCAUUGAAAAGACCCUACGAAGCUGACCCGAAAGUCUCUUCGUUGCCAGUGCUGACCGUGGAGGAGCUCGUUGGUAUGCAAUUGGAAUACGCAAAGAAGCUGGCGGAAGAGACGGCAGGCGAGAGGGUCAACCCUUCCUUGCCAUCUGGAUUCAGCGUAGGUUCGUUCGGUGGAUUGGACGCCGUCGUCACCGUCCCCGCCUUCUUCAACGCACAGGAGCGCCAGGCCAUCGUCGACUCUGCCACCCUCGCCGGCUUCCGCCCGAGGCUGGUCUCGGACGGUGCCGCCGCGGCGGUCAACUAUGCUCAGACCCGCUCGUUCGAAAAGCCCGAGAAGCAUCUCUUCUUCGACGUCGGCUCAGGCUCGGUUCGUGCUACGGUGGUCGAGUUCAGCACCAAGCCGGUGGUGAUCGACUCGAUCCUUUCGGUGGGCAAGACGUCCAAGGACUCGACCAUUGUCGACGUCAAGGGUGUCGGCUGGGAACGCAACGUCGGUGGACUCAAGUUGGAUCUCAUCCUGCGCGACAAGCUCGCAGCCGAAUUCGACACGAAGCACGGUCAGCAGAUCGGCGGUUCGAUUCGCGACAACCACCGCGCGAUGGCGAGGCUGCUCAAGGAGGCGAACCGCGUCAAGCACAUUCUUAGCGCCAAUGAGGUCGCUUCGAGCAGCAUCGAGAGCCUCGUCGACGAGAUCGACUUCCGAACCAUGAUCCAGCGCCAAGAGUUUGAAGAUGCCGUCGCCGCCGCCGGUCUCGUGCCCAAGUUUACCUCACCCAUCAACCAGGCGCUGGCCAACGCCGGGCUGAAGCUGAGCGACAUCAACAGCAUCGUGUUGGUUGGCGGAAGCACGCGUGUUCCUCUGGUGCAGAACGCCUUGCGCGAGGCGGGUAUCCCUGAUUCGAAGCUGGCUCAGAAUGUCAACGCUGACGAGGCAGCGGUCAUGGGAGCAGCAUUCUACGGCGCCAGCUUCAACCCCCAGUUCCGCAUGAAGGAGAUUCGUGCCUACGACCUCGUCCCCUACGCUGUCAACCUCAAGGAAGCCGAUGGAAAGGAGGAGCUCAUCUUCCCAGCAGCUUCGUACGAGACGGACGCCGUGCUGCGCCAGUACGACAAUGUCAAGGAGGACUUCAUCUUUGAGCUCGAGUACGAUGCCGCUUCGCAAAAGGCGCUCGGUGACAGCACCGAUCGCUCGAUCUCCAUGGUCGAGAUCACGGGAAUUGACGAUGUGCUCAAGGACAUCAAGGCGAGCGGUCAGCUGGAUCAGGUGGACACGCACGUCAACUUGACGGUCAUUAGCCGACCGCUGGGCACGUAUGCGGUGGAGAACAUCGUCUUGGUGAUCAAGCCCAAGGCAGGAGGUGGAAUUGCCGGUGCGCUCAAAUCGUUCUUUGGUGUUUCGACUCCCAAGAAGGCAGCCACCAACGGUACUGCCACCAACGGCACCGCUUCUGCAGGCAAGAACGAGACGUCGACAGAUGACGACGUCGAGGCGCAGGCCGACGAGACCGAAGAGACGCUCGCCACUGUACCUGCCAAGGACAAGAUCGUCAAGCUCACGGCACGCGUCAUCCCGCAGAAUGACGCGGUGCGACCGCUUUCAGGCGUAGAGAUUAAGCAGAGCAAGGACAAGCUCUGGACCAUGGCCCAAGCGGCCACGCGCAAAGCUGCACGCGAAGAAGCGCGCAACGCCAUCGAAUCGUACCUCUACCGCGUGCGCGAUCUGGUCGACGAUCCCACCUACAGCUCUGUCUCGAAGCCCGCAGAACGCAGCUCGAUCACGUCCAAGACGGAGGAGCUCUCCGCAUGGCUCUCCGAAGACGGCGAGACGGCCGACACGUCGACGCUGAAACUCAAGCGUGCCUCUCUCGAGUCGCUCAUCAAACCGCUCGAGACGCGACUUUCGCAAAACAAGCUGCGUGCUACUUCGUUCGCCGAGUUCGAAUCUUCGCUUGCCGAUGCACGAGCAUUCGUCGCUGAAGCAAGGGCGAAUCUGACCGCGGCGAUCGAGACGAACCAGUCGAGCAAGUACAGCGUCACUGAGCUGGACGCAUUGAACGCGACCAUCGAAAAGGACGCCGAGUGGUUUGCCAAGGGCAAGAAGGCUCAGGACAAGAAGGGCCCGAGCGACGAUCCUGCGUUGUUGAGUGGCGAUGUAGAUGCGAGAAGGAGAAAGGUAGGUGAACAGAUCGGGAAGCUCAAGAGGAGAAAGAUCGCCAAGACCAGGCCGAAGAAGAGUGCGCCGGCCAAGAAGGAGGACAAGAAGGAGGGCGAGGCGCCGAAGCACGAAGAGCUCUGA